GACGUCACGGCCGCGUGGGGCUCAGCGGGCAGGUCGCUCCGUCAGGGAGAGAGAAGAGGAGCGGCAGGGGGAGACGGAGCAGCCUCUCUUCCCUUCUCCCUCCUUCUCACAACUCCUCUGGAGCCACUGUCAGCCUCCAGGAUUCUCCUCCGUCGCAUCUCCCUCGUCCUCUUCUUUUUUUUUUUAAGUUGCACCUCAUUUCCCCCUCCCUCCCCCCCCCCCCCUCUCUGUCUCUCCAUUCUUUUACUUGAUCUAGCCCCCCGCCCCCUCCCGCAAAUCUCUCCAAACACCUCCAGGGAAUGUGAGUAGAUAAUGAAGACCCCCUGCCAUCGGUGAGUUGUCCCCUCCGUGCUCCAGAGGAACGGAUCUUCUUCAUCUGCCAGCCCCCAAUUUCUUUUUUUCUUCUUCUUCGUUUAUUUUUUUUUUUGGGGGGGGGCGAUAACUCUGCCGCCUUCCAGUGAUGUAGGAGAAGGUGCGCGGUCCUUUCAGCCAGAGGAUGCCAAACCACACGCCUUGUUCCUCUUCAUUUCAGUUUUGGGGGUUCUCCGCAUCUUCCAGCCUCGUCGCUGUGGCCGAAGGAAGGACGGCGGAGACGUGAGAGGAACGCGCGAAGGCGAAGUUCGAGGUCCGCCUCUUGAGGUUUCCGCUCACCUGUGCGCCUGUGCCCCGUCUCUCUCCGCCUCUCUCCCGCUCCCCUCAACUGCCGACGAGGGAGAUUCGACCUGACCUGCAGCGCAGUUGACAGGCAACUUCAGAGAAAGCUGACUCUUGCUCCGGCGUCUUCGGCGGGAUCUUGGCGGCGGCGGCGGCGGCGUUCGGCGGAAUGUGAUCGUGCGCAACGUCGGAGGAAUAUGGCCCGGGCGAUGUCCGCGCUGCCGACAGCCGGAGUAAGGUCCGUCACUUGAGUGUCCGUGGUGUCCAAUCAGCUAUUGUCGACUUUGGUGGGAGCCCGCGUCGAUGGCAGGCUGCCUGGAAGACUGAGUCGGAUUCGGCGGUCGAGAGGAGAAAAAGAAGAAAAAAACCAACAUGUGGAUAAAACGGAGCGUUGCGCGCAGUCCAUCUGCUUUGAGGCCAGGCAGCUGUGUGGGGCACCGGGUGUGGAUCCUGUUGGCCAUGACCCACCUCACCCUGGACUUCUCAGUGUGCAGCCCCCUCAGUCAGGGUCUGGGGAUCAAACUGACGCCCAAAUCGGUGCCACGCUCACGGCCUCGCUUGCAGCCCCUCUGGGACACACCCAAUAAGCUACACUGGAGAACAGUUAGCCCGCUGGCCCACCGGCUCUUCAACCCUAUCCCUCCACCCAAAGACCACAGGGCAGGGAUAGCGCCAAAAGUCAAGGGUCACCAGCAUCGGAAGCCGGUACAUAAAGGAAAAGCAGUGUGUAAGGAAUGCCAGUUGAGAUACUCUCAAAUGAAGACGGGUGGUCCUUUGGCUGUUAUAGCAGACGUUCCAGCAGCUUUAUCCAGUGGGAGCAGACGAGAAACAGUGAGGUUGUUACUUAGAGCCAGAAGGCAGCUCAAAUGGGACAGCUUUGACAAGUCUCAGGAGGGCCGGACUACCACGGUGGCCGGAUUUAUCGACUGGGGACCCACAGGUACAGAUAGCAUAGAUGGUGAUGACAAACCAGAGCCGAAUGUAACGCUGUUCGCCAGGGCCUCAUCUACCACAGUGGCCACAACCACUAGCACGACAACCAGGCCCCCCCAAAGGACGUUCACUGUAGUUACCACAACAGAGUCCAAGAGGCCAAGCACCACCAAGGCCCCUAUCAGUUCGGAGACUGUCAAACCACCAAAGCCAUAUGGGGACACAACAGGUUUGGCGGUCCACCAGAUAAUCACAAUCACUGUGUCUCUCAUUAUGGUUAUCGCAGCCUUGAUCACAACACUCGUCCUUAAAAACUGCUGUGCACAGUCGGGAAAUGGUCGCCACAAUAGCCAUCAGCGCAAGAUCCACCAGCAGGAAGAAAGCUGCCAAAAUCUGACAGACUUCACCCCGGCCCGGGUGCCCAGCAAGGUGGACAUAUUCACUGCCUACAAUGACAGCCUGCAGUGCUCGCAUGAGUGCGUCCGGACUGCCGUGCCCAUCUACACUGACGAGAUGAUCCAGCAGACGCCUGUCUACAAGACUGCGUACAACGGAAACAGGCCCUCCCCCACCGAACGACAGCUGAUUCCUGUGGCCUUUGUGUCCGAGAAAUGGUUUGAGAUCUCAUGUUGACGAGCCGGAGGCCUUGUUCGUUUUCUUGUGGGUGGAGGAGGCUCCCUGAAAUCACGCUCUGGAUCCAGCUGGAAACAAGGAACACACAAAAACAGCGUCUUUUGUAAAGUAGUGUGAUCACUCUUUGGACACUGGUGAAGAUAUUUAUUUUUCUAGAGAUGACAAGCAGAGCAGCCACAGCGCUGCCACUCCAUUAUUUCCAGGAACGUACAGUCAUUUAGAUAAUAGAUUACAUGUAGGUCUAUCUACGGGAGGUGCGGGACAGGACUGUGGUCAGACACAGGCGUCUGGAGGAAAAACAUUGGACAUUUGGAAAAGGAACACACGGAGCUGCUGUGGGUGGAGGAUGAACUGUAUUUAUGAACAAUGUGCCAAUAAUGCCACUAUGUGCCACAACCUGGAUGGAAAGACACUUCAACAACAACUGAUGGACAAAACAAAGAGCGCUAUAUUAACCCUGUAUUGACUCCAACUGCAUUGUUUUUUCUUUUUGUUUGUUUGCUCAUUUUUUUCAAGAAAUGUGAAAGUAAAAAAAAAAAAAUGCUACAAAGUGUAUUUGAAUAUGUUUUAAAAUAGUUUAAAGAAAUGUGUAAAAGAUAUUUAUAUGAAGCACUAUUAUAUUUCUUGGAGAGAAGAGAGAAGAUGGAAGAAGAAGAAAAAAGAAACGGUAUACGCUUUAUUGAACUGUUGAUUUUAAAACAUUGUUUCUACAGGUCCCAUUUUAGGAACAAAAUUAUUAUGUCUAUUUUUUUACACAGUACAGUCUGCCACAGCCCUAACAGUGGAGGUCUGAAGCACUUGGGAUUCACCACUGUUAAUUAGAUAACACCCACUCCCCCUCCCUCAGCUUAGAUUAUAACAAAGAAUCCAUCUGAAUACACCUGGUGCAGGCCCAACCGACGCCUGCUCCAACUGCUCAUCGUUUACUGAUUUGGGGUUCAUAGAAAAACACACACAAGGUUUCUGUAGUGCACGCUCAUUGCUUCAACGAAUCCCAAUGCAACAAAUUCAUGUACCGAAGGAGCAAGGACGACCACUACAGACAUGCAUGGAGCUGGACAGGACACACAUACUGCCUCAGGUCUGUCGAGCUCUUCUGCACCCUCUAUGUCGGUCUUAGCCCCAGCAGCUGUUUGGGAUGAAUUCUAAUGACUUUUUACGAUUCAUAUCUGAGCUCCAACGCUAAAAAAAGGGUGGAAUAGAUUCAAUUUGAGCUCCACAUUCAUGUGAUAAUUUGCAUAAAUAGGAAAGAGAUUGAAAAAAACUAAUCCCUCCUCAGAUAGUAUAUUAAUAUCCCCUCCCAACUCCCAGAUUGGUUCACUUUAGACAAAUUAUUUUUGAAACCUUCAAGUCUGAUUUAUAGUUAGAAAGUCAAGAAGAACAUGGACCAAUUUGUUGAAGACGGAGCAUGAAAUUAUCCCCAGCUUUUCAGGAAGCUGUGAGAGAGGUGCUGCAAAAAGACAGGGUCUAAUCUGGAUUUAAAGUGAACGGCAUCGAGUGUUUUGAAUGGCGCACAUAGGCAGGAAGGAAUUCCCUCACCGAAUGUGAGGUCAAAGGUUAGUUAGCUAUCUUCAGAGCCAGAUCCACUCAAUACUUGAGGACAAUAUUUAUAGCAUAUCAGAGCUAUCACAGCCAGGGCACAAAUAGAUUAUUUGUGCGGAAUGACGCAGUUCAAAAAUUCGAAACAUACUUAUGAGAAAGCUUAAUUUUUUUUUUUCAAAAGCUGUAAACACUCAGUGCAUUGUGGAAGUGAGGAGAUUGUGUCAGUCCGCUGCUGCCAAAUUGGUUUAAACUAUCUCUCAAGUCAAGGUGAGUGAACUCCGUGGUCAGUAAGGACAGUAAAGCUCUCCUGAGAGCUUUCUAGCGCCAGUAAUUUUAUUAUCCACCUCAAUCUCUGAAAGAAGGAUUACCUUUGUGCUACGAAGCUUUUGAGGAAGCCGCCUCUGAAUCUACCUUUUGUUGUGCUGUGAGUUUGUACAAAGCACAAAUACAAUUAUGUAAUUGUAAAUGUUUUUUGGCUGCAGACAGCAAUAUGUACAGAUUACAAAAGAUGGGAUUUGUUGUGUGUCGACGUGGAGCUCCAGGAAUUUGGCCCAGAUGGGGUUGUUACUUUUAGGCUGGUUCUCACCUUCUCGAAGGAUUAAAUAAAACAUGCUGUUCCAGUGAGAUCAGCGUCUAUAAAUGUGAGCCAUUCAGGAGGCACUAAAAUGGUCUGGGAUAAACACUGUGGUGCAAAGCUCUCGCGUUUGCCCGUUCACAACAUGAAAACCACUCCCAUGAAUGACCCAUACCAGUUCAGCCUCUCGUGUGCGCCAGGCUACGGAGCUGCUUCUUUGACAUAACAUAUAUUUUUCUGAAUGAAGAGUGUUAUCUCACUAGUCAGAGGGUUACAAAAACUUACUGUAUAUUAUACACGUGUAAAUGUAUUUUCUAUAUAUUUGCUUCUAUUUGUGUACGGGUGUGUUCUAUUUUUCAAGACCUGUCCCAUUUUUUGGGAGGGUUUCAGCUAGGUCGGGGAUAGUGUCUUUGUUUACAUGUGUAACUACGGUAUUUCUUUCAAAACACAAAACUAACCUUGUGCCAAGCUUCCUACCUGCACUUUCAAGCAGUACCUGUAUUAUAUCUUUAGCUAACCAGUAUAAUACUUCAGUAGACACUGCAAUAGAGUCUGGAGGGUGAUUUCCAGGUGGUAUGUGUGAAAGGAACAGUGCUCAGUGGUGUUGUGAUCAUAUCUUGGGCUCUGCUGUAUUAAUGGUUGGCUGGGAAACCAAUGACUCGCUGUUCUUAAACAUCAUUUCCACAUUGAUUCUAAUGGACAGUGCUCCAUCACAUUACUACUUAAAAAAAACAACAAAACAGUGAGAAUCCAGUAGCUGCCAAGAAACCUACGAAACUUGAUCAAUACUUGGUCGCAUUAAUUUGUCAACCAUCUCAUUUUUGCUACAACUGCCCCAGAAAAUGUAUGAUAUUUCAUUCAUACUUUACUGUAAUGACUGUGAAGACUCACAUUAGCAUUUAUCAGCAUAUGAGGUAAUCAGAGCAAGACGUCUACAGAGAGAAGUGUGGAAGGAGGGUGGUGUAUGAAGUGCUCCUUGUCUAAAUUUUCCUUUUAAACGCAAAUGCUAAAUUGACGUAUUUAAAACAUUGGAGUGAAGGUAUUCACAUUUUUUUUUUCACUCAUCAAAGGAUUUCAAGAAUAAUUCUGGUUUACUUCAACAUUGGCCUUUUUCUCGCCCAUGCUAGUAGCAGUAGUCAGAUGUUCUGUUGGCCACUUUGUUGCCGAGUGAAAUAUCUCACUCAUUAUAACUAGAGCCCCCGACUGUCAUGCCAACGUGCUUAAGCGAGAUGGUGAACGGUAAACAGAACAUAAGAAUAAUUAUUGUAAUUGUAAGCAUGCAGCCACAAAGACGUAUAGGUACAUGGCUCCAAUGACGUCAGACAGGGUAAAACACAAGCGCACAACUUUGUGCACAUAGCCACAGCAAGUUUAAACUGGAUGCAGGGUUGUACACAACAGAUACUUUGUGUAAUGAUUUUACUGUUUGCCCUCACUCUCUCUGCUCCUUUUUUCCCCCUGCCUUGUCAGACUUCCCUUUUACUGAUGUUGCCGCGUUCCAAGAUCUCAGCAAUUAACUAGGUUAGUAUGAUUUUAGCGUUACUGAAAGCGUCAGAACAAGACCCAAGUUGCACUAAACCAGAAUGAUCCUGCUUUCCAAGUACACCCCUAACUUCCAGAUAUUUGUGCUAUCGGACAUUUGUGACCAUGCUAAUUUCUGUAGUGUUUCAUCGAGGGUAACCACAGGUACCUUACCUGGGUGGUUGCUGCACUAAUAACACUUAACACAAUAAUUGUAAAAGGUCAAUGUGACCCUAUUGAAAUCGUUGAGGUUUUAUACUGAGCUGUGUGGGAGUGAUUGACUCUUUGAAACCUACAAAAUCACAUUUUUUAACUUUCAUUCUGUUUCAUACUGUAGGGGAAAGUUUCCGAAAGUUUUACUUAAGUUCGCCUAGUUUGCAUUGUUAGCAUUUCUCAUGAAGGUGGACAUGCCUUUAGCUAGCAGCUCCUAAUUCACCCUCGCGUUCCUGAUGGACGUUCAGACAAGGAAACGUAACUUGCAGCCAUGGAACAUAUUUGGAGACAUCGGCAUACAUCAACCUUCUUCCUUUUACCUCUGUCUGAAAUCUAACUGAUAUGUAAGGAAAUGCCUUACUGCUUUCUUGCCUUUUCAGUUUAUAUUUCAGGAUAGUUGAUGAGUGUGGUGUAUCAUGGCUAAGAGGGAGGGAAAUGGUUCCACUUGGCUGGUCAGAUUUGAUUCAGGAAACAUUAUCUGAGAGCAGUGCAGGAGAAGGCAAGAGGAACCGGGCGCUUGCAGGGAAGUCUUAAACAGACACCAAAGACUCGAUAUGCCUUUUUUCACAACAAAUGAAUAUUUUUUCGGCUGCCAUUUCUGUCUCUCCAGCAACCCACUAAACCUGUGCACCCUUCGGCACAAACAAGCUAUCAAUCAGCGAGGCUUUUCCUGUCAAGAUGAGGGAUUUGCGCUGCACACUCGUUUGCAGGGGCCGUGAUUCCUGCUUGCAUGUCAGACAUAUAGAGUGAAACUUAUUGACAUAUGUGUUGUUUGAAUUAGAUGCUGGCUGAACAUCUCCAAGGCAAAGGUUUGUGUCGUCGUCCGUCCCCCACAUACACAUAACUGGAAGCAAUCACACGAGGGGAGAGGAAUCGUUGUGUCGAACCUGUUUAAUCAUGGCUUUCGGGCGCCUGAUUAACCUAGAAACAUGUUUCGCAGCUGGCACCUAUGCUAACAUAGUGGUGAUAUCAUUAUUUUUUGUUAAGUCUACUGCAGGUUGAUGAAACAGCGAGGUAUGACUCGGCAGGAAGAACAAAGUAUUGGAUGUGACAAUGAAAGGUUAAACUCAGAGGAAAGGACAAAGUUUAUCUUCAACGACUGAUAUGUAUCUCACUGAAUCCAUUUUUUUGCCAUCAGAAAACUGUAGCUCUUCACUCUGCUUGUCCUCAUCUUUUCAGAAAAGAAAAAAAAUCACAUACUGUGCGCUUACUGUAUCCAAAGCGGAGGGCUUUGACUCUCCUCUCGGGUCAUGUUUUUACUUUUCUAUUCACAAGAGCUAAGGCACUGUCGCUGUCAGUGCUCAUCAAUACAGUCAAACGACUUGAAAAAGGAAAAACAACACUUGGUUGGCAGCAUUUCAGUGCUCCCAUAAUCCCUCUGACUCGCUGUGUGACCCAAAUCUGCCGGAGCGGCAUUUGAUUUGCAUAUGACGACCUCUGAUGCCGUGCGAGGCCUCCAGGACAAAGAUAUGAGUGACGCUGCUCGGGAAUUUGGGAUAAUGGGGAAGUAUCGAUCCACGGCUGGUUGUUCUUUAAAAGUUGAUCAACAUUAGAAUGAGCGGAGGGGUCCAAAAUAAACCAACAAAGAAACCAAUAAAUAUCAUACAUUGACGUUAAAUUUUUUGUGAAGGGGCUUUUCACAUGCAAACACUGUGUUUUGUUUGUACAUUAAAGCCGACUUACAAUCACAAUUCAUACCUACCUUGAAGGAAUCUGACUCGAGUUGUGUUGUCGCCAUAAAAAUGAAGAGUUUGUACUUUGUGACUCUUAAACUUUUUAUAUUUGUGUUUAAUAUAUCACUGAGUACCUCUGUUAACUUUUGUAUAAGACCUAUGACUAUAGUAUAUACAGACACACACACACACACACACACUCUCACAUGCACACACAUAUAUACACACCUCCACAAAAAGGACUCCAGUCUGUCUCUGUGACGGCUAAAUGUUGUAUAACUUUUAUUUUGUGUCUUAUGAACCACAUCUCUUCCUUUUGUAGUUAUUGGUAAACGUUUCGAUUUCCAGGUGACUUUGAUUUGGUUACUCUUGUACUACUAAGCUCUGUAUUUGCAAGCACUGUAAAUGCGAUUCUCAUUGGAUUCGUCCUCUGUACAUUUAGUACUCUGAUGUUGCUAUUAAUAAAAUGUAAAACAACAUGGGCUUGUGCUUUAGGGAGUUUGUUGGAUGGAGUCCAGGGGGAGGGCAGUGACCAGGGCAAACAGCACAAAAUAAAAGAUUUGAAUAUGAA